AUGGCGGCCUUGACAACCGGGGAGUUGACACUGGACGAAAAGGCUCCCACGAGUUUCCAAAGGAAAGUUCCGGGCGGUGGAGGCAGCCGCUUGGCCAUUCUGCCGGGCACUCGGCCAUCGGUGCGGCGUGGGCAACUCCUGCUUUCCAGCGGGAUCCCUUCCCUGGACUGUGUUCUAGGUGGAGGUUUGGCAGUUGGAACCCUUCUUCUUAUUGAAGAAGAUACAUAUGGUAUCUACUCCAAUCUAUUGUUCAAGCACUUCCUUGCAGAGGGAAUAGUUUGUGGACAAAAUUUAUACAUAGCUUCAGCUAAAGAUGAGCCUGCUGACAUUUUAAAGGAGCUUCCAUCACCUUUCUUGAAUAUUUCUGUUAAUGCGAUGGAAGAAGAAAAAGAAGCGGUUAUGAAGGGCAAGCAGGAUUCUCAGGAACCCAUGAAAAUAGCUUGGCGUUAUCAGAACAUACCAAAGCUGGAGGUGACUCAAAUUACCUCUUCAAAAUUUGGGCACUACUUUGAUCUGUCAAAACCUUUGGCUUUGGAACUUAUCCAGAACAUUGGGUGGCAUGGUUUUUUCCUUCCCGAAGAAAAAGCUUUGUGUCCUGAUACAAACUCCUGUAAUUUGGCCUCUGGUUAUCGCAGUCUGCUUCAUUCUAUUCAGAAGAUCAUUUACCAAGAAGGAUUUGAUGGCUCCAUUCCUCAGAAAAAGCAAAGAAACAUUUUGAGGAUUGGAAUUCAGAGUCUUGGUUCCAUACUAUGGGGUGAUGAUAUUUGUUGCAAUGAGAAUCCACAAAAUAUUCAUAGCCUCACAAGAUUUCUGUAUGCUCUCCGUGGCCUCCUCAGAACUUCUUUGUCUGCCUGCAUCAUCACCAUUCCAUCUCAUCUUAUCCAGAAUAAAGCAAUUAUGGAACGUGUUACCAACUUGUCAGAUACAGUAGUUGGUCUUGAAUCAUUUAACGGCUCUGAGAGAGAAACCAAUCCAUUAUACAAAGAUUACCAUGGUUUGAUUCAUAUACAUCGGGUUCCUUCGCUUAAUAGCUUGAACUGUAAUGUGUCAGAUAUGAAGGACCUUGCUUUUAAAUUGAAAAGGAAGCUGUUUGUUAUUGAGCAAUUGCAUUUGCCUCCAGACUUGUCAGACACAGUAAGCCGCACAAGCAAACAGGAUCUGGCAGAAUCCACCAAAUUGCUGAGCUCAGGAUGUAGUGCUAUGGCCAUAGGCAAGAAGCACCUGGACUUCUAGUAAUUUCUACUUAGUAGUUUCACUUUGAUUUAUAUGGCACUCUAAUUAUGACUGUUAAUGACUUUUGUAAAUAUUAUUUCUUAAUUAUCAUGACCCAGUAGUCCUUAAAAAAUCUGACUUGCAAGCUUAUUUUCUUAUUCUGUUAUUUUUGUAUUUGCAAAUGUACAUUCAUUCAUGCAUUCUAUAUUUAGAGGCAAUGGCCACUUUGAAAAGUUACAGGGUUUUCUGUUGCCAUUAAUUGUUCAAGUCAAUUAUGUUUUAUACACUUUGUAGAAUUAUUGAAAUGUAAAUUGUAAAUCAGUAUUCUAAAUAAAAUAGUAAGUUCUCUAUCAUGUGUUGUUUUUAUGUCAAACUACCGUUGUUCUAGAAGAUUUUUGUUACCUUCAAAGUUCAUAGUUAAAUCAAAAUAUGACAAAUUAUAUAAUAUAGAGCCAAUUAAAUGACUGUGCUACAGUAUUUGCCACAUAGUCUUCUAUGUCAGUAAUUAAUGUAAUGGAGAAAUAGUUUUCUUAUGGUAAAAGUACAUUACAGAUAAUUAGUUUGCCUUAUUAGUUAAUAAAUAUAUUAGCAUGC